AUGGCCACCUCGCCAGCUGCGUCGUCAGCCACAGCCGCGGCCGUCGUCGCCGGCGGCUCCACGGCUACCACCAUCACCGAGACGAUCGCCGGGUCGUACGUGUUCAGGAUCGACGGCUUCUCCGGAACCAAGGAUCUCGGCGUCGGCAAGAGCAUCAAAUCAAGUACGUUCCGCGUCGGCGGGCAUGCCUGGUACAUCGACUGCUAUCCUUGCGGUGAGUUGGAAGAAGACAACGCCGGUUGGGUAACCCUAUAUCUGUACCUCGAUCACCCUGGUCCUAACGACAAAGUCGAGGCAGAAUGCUCUUUCACUGUGAUGGGCAGUGCUGGAGAUCCAUUCCAAGAAACCACUGAAAAACACGUCUUCAAGAGUGGAGAUACAUCAGCAGGCCUAUCCAUCGAAAGAAAGGAGUUGGAGUCGCUCCUCAGGGACGACGACUGUUUCCAGCUCAGAUGUGUUGUGUGCAUCUUCAAGGAGUUCCCCGCGGUGCCGCCUCCGGACCUGCACCGGCACCUCGGCGACCUCCUAGCCAGCCGAGUGGGAGGGGAUGUGACCUUCGAGGUUGGUGGCGAGCUCUUCACGGCGCACCGGUACAUCCUCUCCGCCCGAUCCUCGGUCUUCACAGCGGAGCUCUUCGAUCCGUCGAAGGAGGCUGCCACGGCUGCUCGCAUACGGAUCGACGACAUGGAACCCAAAGUGUUCAGAGCUUUGCUCCAUUUCAUCUACGCCGACUCGGUGAAUGUCGUUGAAGAUGAUGAUGACAAGGUGAUGUUGCAUCAGCAUCUGCUUGUGGCGGCGGACAGGUACAACUUGGAGCGGUUGAAGUUGAUUUGUGAGGAAAUGUUGUGCAACUGCAUCGACGCGAGCAUGGCUGCAACUACUUUGCUGCUCGCAAGCAAGCAUGGUUGUCAAAGGCUCAAGAAGGCAUGCUCUACGUUCCUGACGGACCUGCUCGCCAGUGUUCAGGAACCUGAUCAGCAGAGUUGCCACAGAGCGCCUUUGACUGGAAAGAGGCAAAGAUCCUAG